AUGCGAAGAGAACUUCCAAAUCAGGGUGCGUUGGUUGUGCGAGUAGAGCAUAGGUUGCAGGCGGCACUUGAACUGGCUUACCGCGGCGUGCUAGUGAAGGUCAGUGCUCCUGCGAUUCCGGCCGUAGUGCUCCGUGUUAAAGUCACAAGUGGCGAACCGCAAAAGAGAGGUGGUGGGGUCCUCGCGAGCGAGCGUGCGUUACCUCCCUUGAGUCAGUUCAGUCGCAGCGGUGCACGCACACCGCACGCAGUUCUCGCGCGCGCAACGAGAAGUCAGAACUUUAUAAAUGAAGCGGGACAUGCGAGGAUGUAUCGGCUGUGGGCCAUAUGGCAGCCCCGCCAC